CGGAACCGUAUUCAGUAGUUGAAACUGGUUGAAACAAGAGAUUAUGAUAUUGGUUGAAAGGGGCGUACGCACCUCUCUUUAGAACCUGUGAUUUCACUCGUUCCCUGCUUCACAAGGGAAAACGGGAGAAGGGGGGAAGGACAUUCCCCACUUCCGUUUUUCUUCGGGGGGGGGGAGGUUGGGGUAACGGCUACACGUAGGUUGUCGUUUGAUGGGCUACAGCAAGGUUUAUUCCCGGGGUUUAUUGUGUCUGUUUGUUCUGAUGUUUUCUCAGCCAACCCUGUUCAGCCUUUUGGGAGGGCGUGACUUCUCAUAUCUGGGUGCUUGCAAACAAUCCAACAAACAAGCAAACAAUAUCAGAUACAAGAGGAAAGCGUCACUUUUGCUGUCUUUGCUCACCACCCCUCAAAGUGGUUUUGUCCAGAAGUCCCGUGACUGCUGAAGUGUGGUCAGCUGUGGUCAGCACAGCUCCUCAACGCGAUUGUGCGCAUUUCACGGGUCCCGGAAGCUGAAGUGCUCUAUCGAAAACAUGACUCAUAUGGUAAAGUUACUGGGGGCUUCAAAGAUGUGUUCGUGAUAGGCUUAUGUUUUAAGUCCUUGCAAAUCAAGCCUGCAUUUCUCCUUGAUGAAUAGCGACAUGGAUCUUAGGAAAACUGCAACCAUAUAGCUUCUUAUGGCUACCGUAAAACAGGACAUUGAGGCAGUCAAAGAGUGGCUCUCUUCCGAAGUUAGGCUUGACAGGUAUGCAGAUAAACUUGAGUCAAAUGGUUAUACUUCCCUAGAGUUGUGUUGCACUCUCAAUGAAAAUGCACUCGAUAAAAUGGAAAUUGUAUUGCCGUAUCAUCGGAAGCGAUUUUUGAUGUAUGCUGAAAAGCUAAGAGAGAAACUUGGCUUGGGAUUAACGAACGGAGAAGACCGUGUCACCCGAAGUACGGGAUUAACAAGCCAUGGUCCCGAAACAGGAAAUGAACAGCAAGGCCCUCUCAUAAACUUUGAUAACGAAGCCCUUAGUAGAAGAAGUUCACAGUCCGCUGAUGAUAUUACCAGUGAAGAUGUCAGCGCACCCAUGCUCCCUCCAAAGAAAAAAGGUUCAGUCAAAUUACCACCUCCUAUUCCGCCGAGGGCUGACCUAGAAGAAGUGGAAGGUUCUGAUCAAAGAUCAAGGGGUGAAGAUAUUCUCACGCAAGAUCCCCACCAACAAGGACAACAAUUACAACAGUCUGAAAUUCCUCCAAAGAAGAUACCACCUCCUGUAAAACCUCCUAGAAGAACAACAGUUAAGAAACAGUCCCCUGAAAAUACUGCGGAGGACAUUUCAAAAACUGAUGAACACACUUAUACACAAGAACAGCAUGCAAUAUCUGGUGGCCAUGCCAACAAUGCUGCAGCGGUUAAUACAUCAGAAGAGGGUGAUGCUCUCCUUCAGUGUAAUUCCACAUCAGUCAUUCCACAAUUGCCUAAACCAGAGGAGGAUAGCAAGGAGGUAACUUCAGGUGAAGAGGUCAACAAAGAAAAAACCAUGCCACAGAGACCUGCACCAAAAGCACCUGAGAGAGCACCCUCCUCAAGACCGACACCGAAACCACGAACCAGAGUUAAGUCAGAAGACAACAAGUUAGUAGUGGAUUUGCUAACUAAGAGUGCAGCAGGAAAUGUUUCUGAAGGGGACUUCUCUGAUCAUCCUAACAAUACUAUUGAAAAGAGGACAAACUCAUUUUCAACACCUGGUAACAGGAGGAUUGAUUCUUCUGAAGAGAAACCAUCGACAAUGCCUAGACCUGCAUCAACGAAAAGACCAGCCCCUCCUGUCCCACCUUCCAGGCAAUCUGGUUCAGUAUUUGGGAGGGAACCAGCUGUAAAAGUUAAAGGAGAAAAUGAACAUCAGCAACAGCCAGGUGUUCCCCAGGGGAUAUCUAGGCCAGUUAUAGAUCACGCUGGACCGACUGAAGGGCACACAUCAGUUGAAUCUGCUCCUGCAGAGGGAUCAGGGGAGAAUUCUUCCAUUUAUGAUCUAGUUGGGUCCACAGAAGGCCAUAAAAAUCCUGAUGCAGGGGAAACUGACUACGAAAGUGAUGACUCUUUAGAUGGACUGGUUGAUGAUCUACCAGAACAACUGGGAAAGGCCAGAGGUGACAGUCUUGACAGUAUUGAUGAAUCUAGGAUGUCCAAAAAUAUUCUUAGUCCAAGGGUUCGCAAGAGUGAAGGAUACCUUUGGAAACAAGGAGGGCAAAAGAACAAUAAAGGAUGGAGAAAACGUUGGUUCAUUUUUGAUGGGGUGGAUUUAAGAUACUUUAAAGAUAAGGAUUCAACACAUGAAUCCCUUCAUAUAAUUCCUGUCAGUCAGAUAAAGGACAUUGAAAUUGUCAAAGAUGAGAAACGAGCAACAUUCAAAGUCAUAACUCCAAACCGGAUAUUUAUUCUCGCAUCAGAAAACAUCACGGAAAUGAAUCUUUGGUCUCAAACCCUCAUGGAGGCAAUCAUCAGCUUCAAGGGUGACAACAAAAUGUGGAAGAGUGGGGGAGAAAUGAGCGAUCCAGACAAAGAGGGAUGGGUUAAGAAACAAGGACACAAUGUUGUUGCAGAUUGGAAGAAAAGAUAUGUUGCAAUCAAAGACGACAAGAUCUGUUACUAUGACACAUAUGAGGACUUUGUUUAUGCAACACCAAUAAACUGUAUCAAUGCUAAACUUGCCAAUGUACGAAAGGUUGAAGGACACAAAAACAGAUUUGUGGUAAACACAAACAGUAAGGCUUACAGUUUUCAGGGAGAUAGUGAAUUUGAUGCGUCCUCCUGGAUUAUUGCCAUUGAAACAGCCAUCCAGAUAGGACUUGGAGAUAGAACGAUUCUUGAAAAAGUUUGGGAGAACCCCAGUAAUCGAAUUUGUGCAGACUGUGGCAUGAAAGAUCCAGUUUGGGCAUCAGUGAACUUCUGUGUUUGUGUUUGUCCCAAGUGUGUCGGUAUCCAUCGGAACCUUGGGGUGCAUUGUUCCCGAACAAGUUCUCUUUUGAUGGACCAAAAGAUCUGGAACCCAACACUUGUGGAGCUGAUGAUAAAAAUCGGAAAUGACAAAGCCAAUCAGUUGCUGGAACACAAGUUACCUGAGGAUGACAAAAUAACGCCAGACUGUGAUGUCUCGGCAAGACGUGAGUUUAUCUAUUCCAAGUAUUGGGAAAAGAAAUACUGCAAAUACCACCAGGCUUUCGGAGAUGCCGACGUUUUAGGAAAGUUCUUGCGGGAAACAGUGGUGACUGAUGAUAUCUUGACAACUAUGGAACUGAUUUUGAACAAAGUUGAUGUGCGUUUCGUUCCUUCAGAUGCCGAUGACGAGAAAACACCUCUUGAGCUGGCUGGAGAAGCUGGCCAAACUCUUCAAGCGGAACUGCUUCGUCAGAACGGCGGAGAAGGAGGUAAACUGGAUCAAAAUUCCUCGGACGACAUGCCAGCGUCAACCAACAGUGAGGCGUCACAAAGUAUUCCCAUUGAAGUAGUUUAUGAGAAGGAAGGAUUCUUGUACAAGAAGGAAGGGAACUGGAGGAAAAGAUGGUUUCUGUUGAAAGACAGACAGCUGAAGUACGCCAGAGGGCCUCACGACAAGGACGAUCUUGUGACGAUUGAUCUCCGAACUGUGACCUCACUGAUAAAGUGUCCUAAGGGAGAGCUGCUGCAGCUGGAUAUUGUUACCGUUGAAAAAACACACAGUCUGAAGGCCGACACAGAGGAGGAACUUGAGGGUUGGUACUCCGCUCUGAGAAGCAAACAGGUGUUUGAUGUUUGGCUGAGUCAGCAAGAACUUGGCUCUGAUGGCAUUCCUCACCUGGUGGCGAAAUGUCUGCAGUUUGUCGAAACCUAUGGUGGUCUUGAAAUGGAAGGAGUCUAUCGAGUGAAUGGCGGACAGUUGACAAUGAAGAAACUAAGAACGUCCUUUGAUCAGGACGCCCGCAGUGUGUUGCUAACUUUGGAUGAAUGCGGCGUUCAUGACGUCACUGGAGUGCUGAAACAGUAUCUGCGACAGCUGCCCGACCCAGUCAUCCCAGCCACAAUGUACAAACAAUUUAUUUCAGCAGGAAUGAAUCCAGACCACAAUACCAGGUUGCAGACGAUUAAAGCGCUCAUAAACCAACUUCCCAAAGUGAACCAUGACACUCUGAAGGCAAUCAUCUUUCAUUUGACGAAGGUGGUAGAGUUAGUUGUUGUGAAUAAGAUGGGAGUGCCUAAUAUUGCCAUGAUCUUCGGACCUACUCUGAUGUCCAAUGUAAACACUGGUCGAAUGGACGAUGCAUCAAUCAACCAGGAAUUCUCGAUCGUAGGAGACAUGAUCACAUAUUAUCAGUGGCUAUUCGAUGUUGGCGACGAAGAAGUAGAGAAAGACAGGAAAAUCAAAGAUGCCUCACAGAAGAUAAGAGAGCUGAUUGAAUUAAAGGAAAAAUCCCAAAAUUCUGGCGGAGAAUUCACUUUGGAUAUUUAUGUUAAAGAAAAGAAUGAUAAUCCUUGUCGACCAAAGGUUUCUUCAGAGAUGACAGCAGGAAGGCUAUGUGCUGAGAUUGUAGCGCAGAAGAAUCUAUCACGUGACGUAGACUGGGUUCUCUUUGAAGUUAUCGACGGCGGUGCUAUGGAACGUGCAUUCCAAGUCAGAGAGAAAGUCAUGUCGGCGGCAAACUGGGGGACUGGUAACUACCUGAUUGUUAAAGAGAAUUACAUCGCGGAAGAGAUCGCCCCACAUGUCGGUUCAUUACUGUCAAUUGAAGGCACCUUGCACAUCCGGGAUCCGAAAAGCAAGAGCUGGAAGCAGAGUAACGUGUGCCUGAAGAAUGGUUACAUGUCCGUCAAUAAAGAACGUGGGUCGAUAUUUAAAGCCAUCAAGUCGGACAAAUCUGAUUCUGAACAAUGGCCGCUGCAUAAACUGACCUUGUACGUGGGCGUUCCAGCUGAGAAAGCAACCAAAGGAGUGGACACUAGUUGCGGAUUCACUGUUGUUGUGAAAACGGACCAAGAGGAUAUCGUCAGGUAUAUGUGUGUAAAGGACAAAGCUGAUAGAAAUCGUUGGUUGGCAGCCAUACUUAACAUGAAGGUAUGUACGAUUGUUGUUGCUCAUAUUUAUAUACAGCUGAUAGCCUGUCUCUAAGCUUAAUUUUCUUCCUGAGUGGUCAAACAAGAAACGAGUGUUCAUUGGUUUCAGUUCAGCAGUAAUGUCACGUGAUUCUUGCAUGCGUUUUGACUGGUUAGUUAUGAAGCUGAUUGGU